AUGCCACAGCCGUCGGAGGUUGAAAGCGAUGGCAAGCCUAUAGCUUUACCACCAAGAGCCCUUUUGGAAGUUACACUAGAGUUUUACUUGAAAGAAAUCGAUGAUCCAUUGCCAAUCUUUGACAGAGAUACGCUAUUGAAAGCUAUAGAUGAGCAGUAUAGUAUAGGCUACACUCUUCUCAAGCCGCGGAUAGCCAGCAGCCAAGCUCUUUUUACAUUGAGUUUUGUUACAAGAGAGUUCUAUGAUCAUCAAGUAGCUGCGAAGCACAUAGCAUUAGCUCACCAAAUGGCGAGGUCCAUUGGCCUCCAUCAGCCCGGCCAAUUCAUAAGUCCAGAGCGAACUAAUCUUUUCUGGUCUAUGUAUAUCAUAGACAAGUUAAGGCUCUUCAGGUGCAGCCAAGUUUAUCGAUCAUACCUGCUCGAAUGCAGUGUCCCAUUGCCGGAGUUCGAUCAGCCAAGUCCAUUGGAGAUAGUCUUCUUGGCCAAAAUCAAAAUGGCUUGCUUUCUCGAAGAAAUCUACACGGAACUUUAUAUGAAUCAUACUGAAAUUAAACCAUACUCUUCGGGGCAAAGUUCUGCUAUGAGAUUGUUAGUUCAAUUGGACCAGGAGUGGCCAGACUUCCAUGCGCAGGCGGCCAUAUUGAAAGAAAGCUACCCCUGA